AUGCCUCUGGUCGAAACCAUAAGGGCAAUCCACGCCCUGACCCGGGACCGGGAUAACGCGUAUCACGCGAAUAAUGAAAAGCUGGCCAUCCGACUUGGUGAUGUGUUCGCCCGCACGUGGGAUCUGGGAUUCACAGCCUUUGGCGGACCUCCUGUCCACUUUCAGAUUUUGCACCGACGGUUCGUGGAAGGGCGGGGUGGUUUGACGCCCUGGAUUGACGAGCAGACGUAUCAAGAACUGUUCGCAUUAUGUCAAGCUCUUCCAGGCCCGGCCAGUACAAAGAUGGUCUUUUGCAUGGCCAUGAUCCAUGCGGGCUUCAUCCCGGCGAUUGCUGUGUUCUUGCUGUGGAGCUUACCGGGGGCUAUUGGAAUGUUUGGUCUGUCGCUGGGAGUACAACGCCUUAGCACCGUCUUGCCAAGUGCCGUAUACGCCUUGUUAUCAGGAUUGAAUGCCUCUACGGUGGGAAUCGUGGCUCUUGCGGCAGUCCAGCUCGCGGACAAGGCCAUCAAAGACAGACUGUCGAGAAUCCUAGUGAUCUUCGGUGCAUGUGCAGGCCUCUGUUACAAUGCUCUAUGGUAUUUUCCGAUGCUCAUUGCUGUGGGAGGAAUCCUGACCGCGGUUUGGGAUGUGUGGCUUCGACAAGCGGUGGCUCGGAUGGUGAGGAAAUGGAAGAGAAGUAGAGAAUCUCCAACUUCGCCGGAAGAGGCUGCUGGCACCGAUGAUUCCCAGAGCAUUGAGCUUGGUGGCCAGAGGCAGGAUGGCGCCGCUGCCGGCGGCUCAUCAAAUGGUUUGCAGAGAAGAGUCGGGGCCGCGGUUGCGCCUACGGCGGAAACAAAUCUGCACCAGCAGCAGCAGAAUAUCCCGGCGAGAGUGCCCGCGGCAAACGAACCCGGUCCCCUCGUGGCAACAGCCUCCACCGACAUGCGGUCGCACGGGAUUUCCAUUCGUGCAGGUGUGAUUAUAAUAUCUCUGUUUUUCGCAUCAUUCGCCGCAAUCCUAGCUACCCGAGGCCUCUUACACCGGGUGCCCCGGCCGCUUGAUCUGUUCGCCAACAUGUAUCUUGCCGGCACAAUUAUCUUUGGCGGAGGGCCGGUGGUGAUUCCCUUGCUUCGCGAAUAUGUGGUUCAGCCAGGUUGGGUAUCGUCCAGGGAUUUCCUAAUCGGCCUGGCUAUCAUCCAGGCUCUCCCAGGCCCAAACUUCAAUUUCGCCGUCUAUCUGGGUGCUUUGGCGGUCUUGGGAACAGGUCAGCCUACGAUACUUGGAGCGCUGGUGGGAUAUAUUGCCAUCUUCUUGCCGGGCAUCACGCUGGCGAUCGGGGUUCAGAGCCUGUGGCGAGUGUUGCGUACCAAACCUAUGUUUGUGAGCUUGCUCAGAGGCAUCAAUGCGACUGCUGUCGGACUGGUGUUUACGGCAGUAUAUCGUCUUUGGGAGAUUGGCUACUUGACACCGCAGGCUAAUCAGGGUCAGAGCCUGGCGAAGGAGCCGUGGUGGGUUGUCGUCGCGGUGUUGACUUAUGCCGAGUCUGCUUGGUUCAAUGUUGCUCCAGCACCCGCCAUCGUCCUCGGUGGCGUGCUUGGUCUAGCGUGGUAUGGAGCUGUGGGAAGAGAUCAAUUCUGA